GUUCCUUCUCCCUCUUACUAAAAACCACAACAACAUCACAACAGACUCACCUCCUCACAAGUCUGAAUUAUUAGGACUCUUUUUUUAGUUAGUCGGUUGUUUUUGAGCUUCAUCUGCCUCUCGUCGACAGCUGUUUCAUGGGAACCCAGGAGGGAGAGAGAGAUUGGGUAGAUGUGGCAAAUCAUCUAUUCAGCAAGUGUCACAUCAACCUAAAGCUGAGGAAACUGACGGACUGUGAUGCCAAUGUUUUCAUUGCUCUGUAUGAGAACAUCUUGGGGGAGAAAGUUCCAGAUUAUAUUGCAGGACCACGCAGUCAAGAGGAUGACGUCCAUAACGUUCAGUCUGUGAUUGAUUCACUGUCCCUGGAUUACCUUCAGAUCAGCCUCUCACACAUUACUGGAGAAAAUGUUGUCAGAGGGGACAAAGAGUCUAUCAAGAACCUCCUGGAAAUCUUUGAUGGCCUCCUGGAAUAUCUCAACGAGGAGAUAAGUGAGGAGUCACAGAAUAGUGAGGAACUGAAUAACGGUCUUAGUGAGGAUGUGCUCGGUGAAACCAAGGAGUCAGCAAGCUGCAAUGUCACAGGGCACAAGGAGACUAAACUGGAGGGAGCUUCUUUGUCUUCUACUGGAGAGUCCACUGCCCAGUCCAGUAAACAUUCCCUCCAUUCCUCGAACACUGAGGACAUGGGAUCAACCAGUGAGUUCAUUGGGCUGGGAGUCUCCGCACGCACAUUUACAGGCAAACAAGAAGGACUGGUUGUCCCUCCCCAAACUUCAGACGCAAUCACCAGCUCUGGUCCUCUAGAUGCCCAGGAUGCUCCACUGACUGAACCUCUGCACUCAGCCGUCACACUGCAGCCACCCAACCAGAGCAACACUCCCCACAGACCAGACACAGACCCACAAGCACCCAUCCAGCCCCCCACAGCUGCUGGGCUCAGCAAGGGGCAUGCAGAAAAAGAAGCCGACUCUGUCACUACAGAGAUCCCUAAAGCGGCAGCUGAGACCGUUGUUAGCAACGGACUACAGUCUCCUCCCCUUUGCCAGUCUCCUGCUGCGAGUGAGAAGUCUUUGUCCAGUCAACAAAGAGCCAGGACAGAUGUGGAGGGGGAGACACUAGAGCCAACUAAUGGAGGUCCCAGGAGGGUUUUAUUCCGCACCCAGCCAGAUGUGCUCUUCCUCACUCUGCAGGAUGAGAUGGGGUCCAUCACCCCUUCUCCACCAGAUACUGAAGAGGAAGAGCGAGAUGAAGAGGGCCCAAGUUAUACACGAAGAUUACAGGGCAGAAGAAUAGAUCACAGAGAAAGGACAUACCUCAGUAACAGGUUAGAGGAGGAUUUUGAGGAACCUCUGACUUACCGCAGACAAAGCAACAGGAAAGCAGAAGAGGAGCUGCACCAGAUAUCUGAAAAACUGUCCCAUCGACUUGAAGAACUUGAUGAGAUGCUUAAACGAGUUCUGGGAGAAAGUGGAGAGUCCUGUGAGGCCAGAGAAGAGGACAAGCAGUCCCACCACAGCGACAGUAUCAUGGAGUGUCGCAAGACUCCCAGACAAACCACAGUUUCAGGAACACCUGAAGCUGAAUCCAUGCACCGCACUCGCUCCUUGUCACCUUCGCCUCCACGGGCCCGCCGCUCCCUGCAGGGACAGUUAGAAAACGCAGUGGCAGAGGCUCUGAGCCUGGAUGAUAGGAGACAGACAAACCUCACAGUUUCUGAUCAUUCAAGGCAAGGAGAGCUACGUCACAGACUGUCUCACAGAAAACAUAGCAAGUAUCUGGAGAAUAAGGCCUAUGAGGAGGAGUUGAAAAGAUAUGAAGACAAACAACGGGCAGAUCUAGACAAGGCGCGUCUCAACGCUCAGGAAGCCGAGCGAGAAUACAGAGAGGCCAUACUAAAGGAUGUUUCCCAAGGCCCCAGAGCGUCCCCAGCCAGAACAAAGGCCCAGCACAAGUCACAACGUAACACACAAACCACACCAGCACGGAGACGGCAGGAGGCUCCCAGGAAAACUCCGUCAAUGAAGGUGAAGGAGAAUGAACUCCUCCCUGUGCUCCUGGAGGAGUUGCCCCAUCUUCACAUCUCUCCUCAUGCUCUGGGCAGGAUGUGGGAGCAGCAGAUGCAGCAGGUGGACAGACUGCACACCCUGUCAUCCCCUCAUAGCCACCAGCGACGCAGCAAACUCUCCAGCCAGGUGGAGGAAGCCCAGAGGAAACAUGACCUGCUGGUGGAGAUCAUCCGCAAAGAACAGGACCACAACAGGCGUCUGAGGGAUUUCAAAGAGCGUAUCCAGCAGCAGAAGUCAACACAGAACAGACUGAAGGAACAGAGGCAGCAGAUAGCCCGAGCCAAGAAGUACCACAACGACUACCAUGUCCAACACCGUGCCCGUCUGAUGAGGGCACGCACCAAGGAGGAGAGGAUGUUUCGGCAGCUGUUUGAGGAGGGUUUGGAGCUACAAAAAGUCCGGAUGAGAGAACAGAGAGCCUUUGCCAGGGAGCAGCGACUGGAGCAUCAGAGACGACACCAGGACCAGAUCAAGUCUUUGGAGAACUACUACAAAGACCAGUUUUCACUACUGGCCGAAAAACUUGCACAAGAGCGGCAGGAUAUCCAGGUUCGCAAAAAGGCUCAAGAAAAGGCCCUGCUGAAGAUGAAGCGAGAGCUGCGUUCCAGGAUGGAGCGCGAGAUUGGCGAACUGCAGAAAAUCAUCAUCCAAAACGAUGAGGACGACUACUUCCAGGAUCUGGAGGUCCAGAGGCUGCGUAAUCGAGUCCAGAUGGCAUCUUUCCAGUACAACACUAGUUAUCUGCAUUGACCUGAGGAGCAGGGCUAUCUUAAGAG